GGCGCGCGCGCAGCCCGACACACUGCGAUCCAAAAAUACCUCCUCGCCCGGCCGCCGCCCUCACCACGUACACACUAACAUUGUAAAAAUAUCAGUACACCAACGAAAAACAUUAAACUUACAAGUGAAGUGAUCAGUAGACUUGUGACUUGUGAUCAAGUGUAUAUUGCUCUGUGGUCGUGUGAUAGAAACUUGUCCCGUGGUGACUGUGGUCAAGUGUGGUAGAGUUACUGAUGGUGCAAUGUCACCAGCUGCCAUCAGCUCCGAUCUGCCACAGUGGUGUGGUACCACAGACAACUGCCAGGCUUUGCUCGGCUGGCUUUUCUUGAACCAAGAUCAAAAUGAUCCGUGGAUUCCGGGUUCAAUCUGGGGUCCGUUGCCGACAGCCGCGCCGAGCUCUACAGCGCCCUCUGAUGAUGUAUCUUCGCUGGCGGAGCAACUAGCUGCGAUCUCCUUGCGUCGCCCUACUCGCCCGCCGCCUCCAGCCUACAUGUGCCAUCUCUGCUUCAAGAAAGGACAUUAUAUUGGAGAUUGCCCGCAGGCUCGUCCGAAAGGUGAAGGGUUAACUCCCUACCAGGGUAAAAAGCGCUGCUUCGGUGAAUACAAAUGCCCAAAAUGCAAACGCAAGUGGAUGAGCGGCAACUCCUGGGCCAACAAUGGUCAGGAGUGUAUCAAAUGUCGGAUUAACGUAUUCCCACAUAAACAGAGGCCGUUGGAGAAGCCGGAUGGGUUGGACGUGAGCGACCAAUCCAAGAUCCACCCGCAACAUCUGUGCCAGAAGUGUCGCAACCUAGGCUACUACUGCCGCAGGGAAUACUGAUCCGAUAUAUUCAGAAGAUCAUACUGCUAUACUGCAUGACCAUUGGAGUACCAUUCAGUUAACUUCAAACAACCAUAGAUAUACUCUACUUCUUACAGGGUCCGUUUUAUCAUUAACGAGAUUUCUACAGUGCCACCUAACUGUAAUACAAAAUAAUCUGCCACCUUAUGCGUCGCACCACCUCAUCUUAUAGACCUACAAGGAUCUUAUGGCAAUUUUGACAUUAACAGGGGGCGCCUGCUAGUUUGUAGAGUUACCAGUAAACAAAUAAUUCCUAACUUCUUUCGAAAUACAUCCGUGUUGAAAACAAAACAAAACUUUAAGCUAAUGAUUUGUAACUUAUGACCUGAGUGCCCGCAGUAAUUGUUUAUUUUAUAUAUCUACAUAAAUUGUUACUGUUUUAGGAUUAUUCAAGCAAAGUCAUGGUAAAAUUUAUAGUUUUUGAGUUAUUAUAAAACAUUGGUGGUGUGUUUUUACGCUUUAUUUGUCAUAGCAGAGAUUGUGCAAGAAUAUCUUACAUUAUGAGUUACACGGAAGAGCGGGACUUCCUAACACAAGUGCCUAUUGGUUACUUAAAAGGAAGUCCCUACAACUGAUUGAUUUGUAACUUACUUGAUUUAAUAAUUUUUUUUUUAUAAAACAAACAAAUAUUUUCUCUUUGUAAUAUUAGUAUAGAUAUAGUUAUGAAGUAUAGUAAAUCUAUAUCCAAAGAAGUGAGGUAGUUAAGUAUGUUUUCUGUCUGUAUAACAUGGUUUUGGUAAUAAUUACCAAAGGGAUUUCUUAUUACGUAAAUUAGCCCCCAAUAGAUUGCUGCGAGAGUAUUGACGAUAGUGUAUGCAAUUUAAUGUCAACGCGUUUUGUAAUAGCUAUUACUUGCCUUUAAUACUUCUGUUGUUAAACACGAUGUUUGAAUUAUACUAACUUUUGUGGUUUAGGGCCAGUCCCACAACGGGGAUGUAUCCUAAUUUUUGGAAUUGCUUUUAUUAUAUUAAAAAAAUGUAAUAAAACCAUAUACGCAACAUUUAAUUACAAAAACACUUAACUGAAAACAACUUCUCGAAAGACCGCGAAAACGCUUCAUGACAUGACGUCACUUCUUUGCUAACAAACCUCGCGUCGCGGUCUGUCAAAGUCAUUCAAAGUGACCAGACGUAAAUUUAAUUAGCUAUUCAAAUAACUUUUACUAUUUUUUUUUCGUCAUAAUGAUCGAAAAAUUUGCUCGUAAAAUAUGUCGUAAAUAUGAAAACACUUAAUAAUGGAGUCCUCAUAAUAUAACACACGCAAACUCAAUUAUUAUAAUCAUUAAAAAAAAAUUAUAACUACAAAAUGCACUGACAUUCACUGAAGCUGGUCACACUGCCAUGUUGUUUGCGAAGAAGCUACGUCACCGAGCUCUGAUUGGUGUUUGAGAUAGAGUAAUGGAGGGUAAAAAAUAUUGCAGCGUUUUUAAUUUAUAUUUCAAUGGAGACAAACAUUUAAGGUCUCCAAAUGUUA